AUGGCAGUACUUAGCAGAAGGCCUCUUGUCCAUUUGGAGAAGGCAAAACGGAUUUGGGUGGUACAGAAUGGCUUUGGAAAAAGGAGGUUUGCGCAACUAGGUGGGGGGAACAGUCAACAUGGAGGUGCCAACCCUCCCGCUAGUAGCAACCAACAUGGAGGAAGCGACUACGCUGUAAGUGGUAUAAAACAUGGAAUUGGUGACUACCCCAUUAGUACCUCCAAACAACGAGAACGAACCAAAAUGAACGACUUCCACUACUUCAAUAUUUUUCUCCUCGAGGGAAGUGACUUAGUUAAGCUAACAUCAAAAUACAAUUUUUGCGAAAACAAAAACAUGUACGCGUGCAUACUUCUGCACCUAAGCAGUGUCUACAAUUCCAUCCCAGUUAGGGACAUCGUGAAAGUUUUAAAAAAUAUACUUGAGCAGAACAAGGCAUCCUUUUCACACCACUUGGUGAAGGGAAAGAAAAUCAUCGACUUAUAUAAGCAUUUGUGUAAUCAUCUGGAAAAAUUGAAUACAGCACAAGUAAUUGACUUGCUUACAUGUGCCUGCUACACGACACAAGAAUUUCCUGUGAAAAGUAUCCAACUGCUAUGUAGAGUGAUUCUUUCCAAGCCGAUGAGCUCUUUCCAUCCUAGACAGAUACACGAAAUCUGCUCCUGCUUAAUAAAAAUGAAGAAUGAAUUUUCUAUGAGGAAGAUAACUUAUGAUGACACUCUCCAUGUUAAGAUGGUGGAGCAUGUGAAGGGAAGAAUUGUGGCAUCCGAUGCGCAGGCCUUUUUUGAAUACCUGCCUCUCUAUGUUAACCUCUCCAAGGGAAUGCCACCCAGCGAUUGCACUACCCAAAAUAAUGUUACGCCUGAAUAUGGCUUUGUGGCCUCCUCCCACGAACGUAACCUCAGGAAGACCUCCGAACUAAUUUUUUUCAAUCACCUGAGCGAGCUCAAUCGUGAAUCCCUCCUCGCAGCAGUGACUAUAUUAAAAUGGUUGAAUAUAGGAAACCAUUCAAUUUUUUUUCACAUGUGUGAUGCGUUCGUGAAGCAUACUUUUAAGUUGGAAACUAAAUACGUGGUGCGUUUUUGGAGGAAGUGUCACAGUCUGAGGUUUGAAAAGGGAGAGCAAAAGGGGCAUGUGGAUGGGGGAAAGGAAAGCAUAUCUUCGGAUGAAACACUUAGGAGAGUGAAGGGAGGAGUUAACAACCCCGGUGAGGAAAAGCCCAUGGAUUACCCGGGUACAGUUAAAACGGGUGAAAUUUUAUCAGAGGGGAAAAGCGUCAAAGGGGAAGAAGAGGAAGGGAGCAAUGUGUUGUUGAGUUAUAUAAACAGGAAAGUGUAUCACAUGACACCUCCUGAAUUAGCUCUAAUUACUCACGGUCUGUACAGUUUCGUGGAAAACAUGAAGCAGUACUCGCAACUCAGCACCUUGCGGAAUAACAUGAAUCUCCUAUUUUCGAUGGCUGUGCAAUACGUUUUGAAUUACCUUGAUAGGGGGGCUCUACACCAGGAUGGAUUUCCUCCAAAUGGUACCAUCCGCAAUGGUACUACUGAUCUACCACUCACAUCCAGAGGAGACGAACCCACCAAUAUUAACAUGAAUACGGACUAUGUCUACAUAUCUGAGUCGGGCAUACAUGUUAGCAGGGGAAAUCGGGACGAGAUUCAUCUCCCGUCAGAUAACUGCUCUGGAGAUAAUUUGCCUUUAAGUGACUCCCCCCAAGGGGGUCCCUCCUCUCGACGAGUCAACCUUACACAUGCGUGCGAUAUCCUGCUGAACAUUAGCUACCUGAACACGAGCCAGAACCACCGAAAAAUUAAAGACGCCUAUGAUUGUGUGAAAAAGAUUAUCACGCAGGAGAAUUCUUCAGUCCAAUUGGACCAUCUGUUAUCGCUCCUACUGUGCCUGUCCAACUUUUAUCAUCGAACAAGAGACAACUAUGUGUUCCAUUCAUACAAGCAGAUCCUACAUAUGCUGGAGAUGAGGAAACCCCAAUUCAAUGCACACCAUUUUAAUAAGCUCUCCGUAGCUAUUACUCCGUUGCUACAGGAAAAGAACAACUUAAUUGACAGCUAUGCCCACCUGGUUUGCUUCUUUAUCGAAAAUGAAGUAGUUCCUCUCAGGUCAUGUGUGUUUACACUACAGCAUGUAAUGAAGAAGAUCUGUAUCAAGCUAAGUGAUCCUCUGGUGAAGCUUCUUUUAGUAAUCAUCCGUCGUAUGGAGAAAUUCCUGAGCGAUGUACGUGCGCACAUUACGCGCAACAGUGCUGACAACGUAGGGUAUCAAGGCAACCGUGAUGACCUUCACGAUAAUGACAGCCCAGACAGUUGUGCUAAUCGCGAAGCGCUCAGGCAAUUCCUCCUUCUGCAUUCAAUCAACGAAAGCACGCUCACCUGCGUCCUUGUUAGCCUGUCGCUUAUUUUGCAAAAUGCGAAGUACGGCACGGGGGCGAGGGACGAAGCGGCAGCGCUUUUGUGCAGAGUGGUCUCCUACGUGUCCACUGCUUCUUUGGAGAAAAUUCCGAAGAAGUACAUUCACGCGGGGUUAUUGGACGCGCUCCCCCCCGAUGAUAAUAGGGUUAAGAAGGUUCUCCUAAGCAGGGUGUAG